UCCAGUAACCGCAGCACUGGGCAGGUUGAGUUUGGGAUCGGCACUGGAAAAACACAACAUCCACCCGAAUGAGCUCAUCGAGUGUCAUUCCUCAGAAAACGCGUUUAUUGAGGUCUUAAUAAAGAGCCAUAUAUCCGCAUCUUAAAAUGCCGAGUAAUAAGCUGGAUAAACCAGAGAAGAUGGAGGUGAGUGAUAACGUGAAGGUGGUGGUGAGAUGUCGACCCCUCAACGAGAAGGAGAAGAUGAUGGCACACAAGCAGGCCGUCACUGUGGACGAGAUCCGAGGAACCAUUACUGUGAACAAACUUGAUAUAACUAGUGAGCCGCCAAAGACGUUCACCUUCGACACAGUGUUCGGACAAGAUAGCAAACAGCUGGAUGUGUAUAAUUUAACAGCUCGACCCAUCAUUGACUCAGUAUUAGAGGGUUACAAUGGAACCAUAUUUGCAUACGGUCAGACAGGCACAGGGAAAACGUUCACCAUGGAGGGUGUCAGGGCAGUGCCUGAACUCAGAGGCAUCAUUCCAAAUUCAUUUGCUCAUGUAUUUGGCCACAUUGCAAAAGCAGAAGGAGACACCAGGUUUCUGGUAAGAGUUUCGUAUUUGGAAAUAUACAAUGAGGAGGUGCGAGACCUAUUGGGAAAGGACCAGAUGCAGAGGCUGGAGGUCAAGGAGAGACCUGAUGUAGGAGUUUAUAUCAAGGAUCUUUCUGGAUAUGUGGUAAACAAUGCUGACGAUAUGGACCGGAUUAUGACCCUUGGACACAAAAACCGUUCUGUAGGUGCGACUAAUAUGAACGAGCACAGUUCUCGCUCUCAUGCCAUCUUCACCAUAACUAUUGAGUGCAGUGAGAAAGGUGUAGAUGGAAAUCAACAUGUGCGCAUGGGCAAGCUACACCUGGUCGACCUUGCGGGAUCUGAAAGACAAGGAAAAACAGGUGCCACAGGUCAGCGUCUUAAAGAAGCCACAAAAAUCAACCUGUCCCUGUCCACCCUGGGAAAUGUUAUCUCUGCACUAGUGGAUGGGAAAAGCACCCACGUGCCCUACAGGAACUCAAAACUCACCCGACUGUUACAGGACUCUCUCGGAGGAAACUCUAAAACCAUGAUGUGUGCAAACAUCGGCCCAGCAGAUUACAACUACGAUGAGACCAUCAGUACUCUCCGCUAUGCUAACCGUGCCAAAAAUAUCAAGAAUAAGGCCAGAAUUAAUGAGGACCCCAAGGAUGCACUGUUGCGCCAAUUUCAGAAGGAAAUUGAAGAGCUCAAGAAAAAACUGGAAGAAGGUGAGGAGAUCUCUGGUUCUGACGGCAGUGGAUCAGAUGACAUGGAUGAAGGUGAAGAUGAAGUUGGUGAGGGAGGAGAGAGACGCAGGAAACGAAGAGGAAGAAAGAAGGUAUCUCCUGACAAGAUGGUGGAGAUGCAGGCGAAGAUAGAGGAGGAAAGGAAGGCGCUGGAGGCCAAACUGGACAUGGAGGAGGAAGAGAGGAACAAAGCACGUGCAGAGCUUGAGAAGAGAGAGAAGGACCUUCUCAAAGCCCAACAGGAACAUCACUUAUUACUUGAGAAGCUGUCUGCUCUGGAAAAGAGGGUUAUUGUUGGUGGGGUUGAUUUACUGGCUAAGGCCGAGGAGCAAGAGAAGCUUCUGGAAGAAUCCAACAAUGAACUGGAGGAGAGGAGGAAGAGGGCUGAGCAGCUCCGAAGAGAACUGGAAGAAAAGGAGCAAGAGCGCUUGGACAUUGAGGAGAAAUACACCAGUUUACAAGAAGAGGCUCAAGGCAAGACCAAGAAACUGAAGAAAGUGUGGACCAUGUUGAUGGCAGCAAAAUCUGAGAUGGCUGAUCUGCAGCAAGAGCAUCACAGGGAGAUCGAAGGUCUGCUGGAAAACAUCCGGCAGCUGAGCCGAGAGCUGCGUCUGCAGAUGCUCAUCAUUGAUAAUUUUAUUCCUCAGGAAUAUCAGGAGAUGAUUGAGAACUAUGUGCACUGGAAUGAGGACAUUGGAGAGUGGCAGCUGAAAUGCGUGGCCUAUACAGGCAACAACAUGAGAAAACAGACACCUGUGUCAGACAAGAAAGAAAAAGAUCCAUUUGAAGUGGACCUCUCCCAUGUUUAUCUGGCGUACACCGAGGAGAGCAUGAGACAGUCCCUAAUGAAACUAGAAAGGCCUCGGACAUCAAAGAGCGGAAAGUCCAGGCCGAAAACUAGUCGUAGGAUUCUUUGAUGAUCAGAAAGUUCAAAAGAACAGCAUGAAACGCUCCUCCAAACCAGAGGCGGUGAUUGAAUCCCUGCUGCAGUGAGCCUGUUGUCUGAUGAAGACCACUAUAUUUUGUACAUUUUCAAGGCCAGGCCAGUAUAUGUCUUAGGGAAUACCGAUUCUUGUGACGUAAAGGCACUUUGACUUAAGUGUAGAUGAAAACAAAUCAUGUGUGAAACUCCAGAGCUGCUCCAAAGCUGGGUUUAGAUGAGGAUAGUUUGCGGUAAAAUGUCCAUUAUGAUAGCACUCCAAAAGGCACAUUUCACCUUCACAUAAACACUGUUACUGUAUAUUCGGCUUGACACUGAUGGCUGUGCUGGCAUGUGUUGAGCAGCUUAUUGGUCUGACACAAGAGAUGCGCUUGCCGUCAGGUAACAUGCUAUUGAGAAACCAAUCUAAUCUUAAUGUUUUAUCAAAUUGGCAGCGUGCAAUUGCUUUAGCUCCAUCUACACAAGCUAUGCUACUUCAUUUUUUUAUAGUGAGAAUGUGCAUGCCAUGUUCCCUUGCCAUUAGCUCAGCUUACUCUAAUUGUAAUGUAUUUCCAUUGUGCACUGUAGUAAAACCAUUAGUCUAAUGUAUUCUGUAAAAAUGUUUACAUUUACAGUUUUGUUUUUUUGUUCGUGUACUCGUCCUUAAAUUAUUAAAUUAUUUUACAAGGUAAAAUUGUAGCAUUGCUUUU